CGCCACCCCUUUCUCUCCCUCUCGCUCGAAAUCUCUCUCUCUGCUUCAUGCUCUUCCCGUUCCUCUGAGGAAAAACUCUCUCUUUCUCUAAGCGAAAGCCGGGAAGAAACAGAGGAAGCGGCCCUCAUGGCGGUGGAGGCGCGGCGGGGCAAUCCUUUUCACGCCCAGUUGAUCGCGAACAGGGGUAGCGCUGGCGCGGCCGAUUUCUUCGCUGGCCAAGCGGAGGAGUUCAUGCCUACGGCGGCGGCGGCGGCGGCGGCAACGCCCGACCUGAUCUUACCGCUGUCGCGCUGCUACCAGCAACCCCGCGUCGUGCCCGAGAUCUUCGCCGUGAAACCGUCCGUGAAGACCGACAGCGGUUUGAGCACCAACUACAACGUCGCGGCCGCCGCCGUGCCUGUCCCCAGGAACCAACACAAGCGGUCCAGAGACGCGCUCGGCGACGAUCACUUGAACGGCGAUCUCCUCCCGGCGAAUCAUAAUCCUCAGAAGAUGAGCAAGGCGUCGCUGUUUCUGGGGCCAGAGGCCGCGUGCGAGAUCCAACGGCACCAAUUGGAGAUCGACCGUUUGAUUUCCCAACACACGCAGAGGUUGAGGUGGGAACUGGAAGACAGAGUGAAGCAGCAAUCGAAAGCGCUGCUCUCGUCCAUCCACGACUCGGUCGUUCGGAAGCUCAAGGAGAAAGACGAAGAAAUCCAGAGGAUGGGGAAACUGAAUUGGCUGCUCCAAGAAAAAGUGAAGAACCUGGUGAUGGAGAACCAGAUCUGGCGGGGCCUCGCCCAGACCAACGAGGCCGCCGCCAACUCCCUCCGCUCCAACCUCGAGCACGCCCUCGCCCGCAGCGUCGGCGUCGGCGGCGUCGGCGGCGGCGGCGGGGAGGACGACGACGCGGAGUCCUGCUGCGGGAGCAACGAUCCCGGGAGGGCGGGAGCGAGCGCCGGGGCCGCGGCGGAAUCGCGGAGGGGGCGCCACGGCCGCGGGGGGUGCCGGGCGUGCGGGGAGAGGGAGUCGUCGGUGCUGCUGCUGCCGUGCCGGCACCUCUGCCUCUGCGCGGCGUGCGGGCCCAGCCACCACGACUGCCCGGCGUGCGGCUCGGCGGUCACGGCGAGCGUGCACGUGAACCUGUCGUCGUCGUCGUAACGGUCGGGAGCCGCCCCGGGGCAGGAAAGGUAAAAAAGGAUAAAAGUUAGGGGCAGGAAGUGGAAAAAGGGAAAGAAUAAGGGGGGAGGAAAGAAAUAGUCUCUUCUUCUUUUUCUUCUUUUUUUUGUAUUUUGUAAUUUUUCGGAUGAUAUUCUUUGAUAUCUUUUAGUGUUGGAGAAAUUGGGGAAAAACAUCGAGAGGGAUGGUUUUCCAUUUUUGUGUAAAUACAUGGUAAAUCUCUCCUUUUUUUUAA